UUAAAAGCUAGUCCAGUUUUCUCUUGAAGCUCCUCUUCCCCUUAUCUCAGCUCUAACGUCAUGGAAGCUUCGCUUGAAUUGUUUCCUGCCUCACUGCUUCUGGAAUAAGCAAAAGAAGUGAGCUGACAAACAUUUCACUUGAUCAGGAGAGUAAAGAUGACAGCGCUUCGUUGCCGAGUUAUACUUUUGGACGGCGCUGUCAUUGAGCGCGACUUAGAGAAAAAAGCAGUUGGUCAGGUUCUGUUUAAUGAAGUCUGUGAGUAUCUCAAUCUUCUAGAGAGGGACUAUUUUGGCCUGGCAGCAUGGGAUUCAUCUAACAAUAAGGUGUGGUUGGAAUUUUCCAAACCGGUUCACAAGCAGAUCAUAAGUCAUGAUACUACAUUUACAUUCAGUGUCAAGCUCUACCCACCUGACCCUUCUUUACUGGCUGAGGACAUAACGAGAUACUUACUGUGCCUUCAGCUCAGAGCAGACAUCCUGGCAAGCCGUCUCCCAUGUCCAUCCGAUAUUUUGGCAGUUUUGGGAUCAUACACAGUCCAGGCAGAAUUUGGAGAUUAUAAUCCUGAACUACACAGGAAAGAGUUCUUCAGUAAUAUUCCUCUUGCACCCAAUCAGACUCCAGAGCUGGAGGAGGAUGUGGCAGAGCUCCAUCAAACACUCAAAUCCAUGAGUCCUGCUGAAGCAGAUCAGGGUUUCCUGCAGAAUGUCAAGACGCUCCACAUGUACGGAGUACAUCUGCAUCCUGCUAAGGAUGCCAGUGGUGGAGAUGUGAUGCUGGGUGUGUGUGCUGAGGGUCUAGUAGUGUAUGAGGAUGAAGAAAACACACAGAGUUUCAGCUGGCCCACAGUUCUGAAUAUAUCUUACAAACGCAGCAACUUCCAAGCCAGGAUUUUUCACUCAGAGGAUGCAUCUGAAAAUACCAUCAAAUUCACUCUUCCCAGCUACCGUGCAUGCAAAUGCCUGUGGAAAAUUGCUGUGGAGCAUCAUGGCUUUUUCAGGAAUUUGAAGGACCUUGCCAAGGCUCCCCUCCAGUUGGGUUCAAGGAAUGAGGAAUCUCUAGAGGUCAGCACCACCAUCAAGCGAGCAGCUCCACGCUUUGCACGCUCAACCAUCAAGAGGAAAGCAAAAGAAAGCUUUCGUGUGGAUAUGAAGCGCCCAAACAGAACCGAAUUUGUCGACUGGUUUCAACUGCUUAGCUCUGAUGAAACAUGGCCCGCUUAUAGCCCAGAUAAGUACCAAGUGACAGCUGGAGAGACACUUGCAUAUAAAGAAAGAGAGGAAGUGGAUGAGCUGGAUAAUGAGUGGUUUCAGCUGUUGGGUGGGCGCUCCUUUCCCACUCAGCAUCCUUACUCAUCCUUAUCUUCAGAUUCUGACAUUUUGGAAAGUGAUAAAUUCCAGGUUUGGAAACUGCAAGCUGAUGACUGGUUUGUUCUCCUCGAACCCCACACAUAUCAGCCCGGUGUAAGGCACUGGAAGACCCAACUAUUGUCUUUCCAGUCCUCUCAAGCAGAAGAGCAGACAGAAGAGCUGGAAUAUAUAAAAGGAAACUCAGAGAAGAGUAUAAAUAUUGUCUGGAAAAGAAAUGAGGAUGAUGCUGUGACAGAGCAACACGAGGAACUGGAAAUGGAAAGAAACUUAAGUCCAGAUGUUGUUGGCAAAAAUCUAGAGUUGGAGACUAGGGGCAGUGAGCAAAUAGUGAAAGUUAUGAGGGAAAUGAUGGAAGGUGAGGUGGAUGGAGAAGAAUUACAAACAGUAGUAAUGUAUGAACAGAGAAGGCAGGUGGUGGAAUCUUAUGCUGGACAACCUCAGGAGGCUUUUGUUGAACAAAGAAUUAGAACUGAACAUGAACUGAUGUUAAAGCCAGGUGAAGUGGUGUCUGAGGAAAAUAUAGAGGAAUUAGAGGAAACAUUACAAGAAGUGGAGAGUGUUGAACGAACACUGCAGGACAUAGAAAGGCUAAAAGGGAAAUUACAGGAAGUAGAAUUAUUGGAGCAAAAACUACAAGAAGUUCAGCAGGCAGGAAGACAGCUUGGGGAGAACGAUGAUUGGUACAUUUUGCUGGAGAACAAAUUGAUGGCAUCUUCAGCACCUGUGAGACUUCUAGGAGUGGAAACUUCUGAAAAAAAGCUGCAGAAAAAACCUGAACAAGGAGACAGAGGUGACUGGUACCUUAUGCUGGAUCGCAAACCCUUAGUGGUAUCUUCAGCAAAUGCAGGUCUUGCCACGGACACAACAGAGCGGAAAGCAGAGCUGAGUCAGUGGACAGAGGAGAAACUCCAGAGAGCAAACAUUCUAACAUCUGUCCAGAUGAAAGACGACUGGUACAAUUUACUGGACUUGCUUCCACGACCUACACAGACCACACAACCUGCACUGCCGCCAUCAGUAGAGACUGUCCAGUCAUCUUGGGUGAAUGUGGUAGAGGAGCACAAAAACUUGGAUGAAGAGUCCAAAUGGAGAGAGGAGAGAACAAUUUAUGUGGAAGAAACACACCCAAUUUUACCAGUACAAAGAGAAGAACAGACACAGAAACAGGUCGAUGAUGACAGGUUUAUCCAGCUGUACGUUCCUCCUAAAGAAGCCGGUAAACAGACAGCUGUAGAUGUUCACAAAGAGACCAGAGAGGAGGAAGUACAGCUAAUCAAACCCCAAGUAAAAACGAUAAUAAUUGAAGAGGAGAGAAGAGAAAUGCUAGAAACCGCUCAUGAAGUGGUUCACAUGAAUCCAAUCCCAUUCGAGAAGAGAGAUGUUCCUGCAGGUCUUACCAUGGACACAACAGAGCGGAAAGCAGAGAUGAGUCAGUGGACAGAGGAGAAACUCCAGGGAGCAAACACUCUAACAUCUGUCCAGAUGAAAGACGACUGGUACACUUUGCUGGACUUGCUUCCACAACCUACACAGACCACACAACCUGCACUGCCUCAAUCAGUAGAGACUGUCCAGUCAUCUUGGGUGAAUGUGGUAGAGGAGCACAAAAACUUAGAUGAAGAGUCCAAAUGGAGAGAGGAGAGAACAAUUUAUGUGGGAGAAACACAACCAAUUUUACCAGUACAAAGAGAAGAACAGACACAGAAACAGGUUGAUGAUGACUGGUUUGUCCAGCUGUACGUUCCUCCUAAAGAAGCCGGUAAACAGACAGCUGUAGAUGUUCACAAAGAGACCAGAGAGGAGGAAGUACAGCUAAUCAAACCCCAAGUAAAAACGAUAAUAAUUGAAGAGGAGAGAAGAGAAAUGCUAGAAACCGCUCAUGAAGUGGUUCACAUGAAUCCAAUCCCAUUCGAGAAGAGAGAUGUUCCUGCAGGUCUUACCAUGGACACAACAGAGCGGAAAGCAGAGAUGAGUCAGUGGACAGAGGAGAAACUCCAGGGAGCAAACACUCUAACAUCUGUCCAGAUGAAAGACGACUGGUACAUUUUGCUGGACUUGCUUCCACGACCUACACAGACUACAAAACCUGCACUGCUCAAUACAACAGAGCAAAAAGCAGAGAUUACACAGUGGAUAGAGGGGGAACUCCAAAGAGCAAACACUCUACCACCUGUCCAGAUGAAAGAUGACUGGGACAAUUUUCUUGACUUGCCUACACGACCUACACAGACCACACAAACUGAACUGCCUCCAUCAGGUACAACUAAAACCACACCAGCUGUAGAUGUUCACAAAGAGACCAGAGAGGAGGAAGUACAGCUAAUAAAAAAGCAAGUAAAGAUGAUGAAAUCUGAGGAGGAGAGAAGAGAAAUGCAAGAAACAUCUCAUGAGGUGAUUCAGAUGAAACCAAUUCCUUUCGAGAAGAGAGAUGUUUCUUCGGGUGCUACCUUUUAUACAACAGAGCAAAGAGCAGAGAUUAGACCGUGGAUAGGGGAGGAACUCCAAAGAGCAAACACUCUACCACCUGUCCAGAUGAAAGACGACUGGUACAUUUUGCUGGACUUCCUUCCACGGCCUACACAGACCACACAACCUGCACUGACUCCAUCAGGUACAACUAUAACCACACCAGAUGUGGCAAGUCUGAUACCACGGCAAACAGUCACGAUCAAGGAAAAGGAAGUAACCUUUGUCAAGAAGCCCAUGAUCAUCAAUGAGAAGCAAGUGAUAGUAGGAAGAGUGGAAAAGAAAAUUCCUGCUACAAUGCACAAAGAUGAAGACAACUGGUUUGUGCUUUUCACACCAGAACAAAUUGAGAAGAAGGUCAUUGCCACAGCGGGUGUGUCAGACACAUGGGUUCUGGAAGAAAAGAGAUUAAGGGAGGUGCAGAAGGGGCAACUCCGUAAGGACGUAAAGAGAAGCCAUGUGGUGGAGGACAAAAGACUUCAUCCAUAUGUGCCUGGACCAAAAGCAGAAAAGCGUCAUCAGGAGGUGAUUGAUGAUUGGUUCCUCUUGCUGGAGCCUGUUUCUAAAAUAUCAGUGAACAUUUACAAGAGAGCUGAGGAGGACCAGCGUAGGAAGGACGAGUUGUUUAAGAAGCAAGCCUUGGCAGAAGACAGAAGAAAAGUGGCAGGAUUCAUACAUCCAUCAGUCCCUGUCAUCCCACUGACUCCAGCUGAUCAGCCAAUGACAUCAACUCCCACUGCACAAUCUGUUCGCAUCACAAGACCCACUUAUCAAGAGGAGAGUCUAAAGAGACUGGAAAUCACACAGGAGAUCACACAAGAUAUAAAGCAAGAAUCUAAGGUGGAAUCAGAGUCCAUCAUUAAGAGAAAGAAAAGAGAGAAGAGAAUUGAGGGUGAAUCCAUUUAUAUCCGUCACAGCAUUCUAAUGUUAGAGGACUCUGAUGUGACUCAGGAGAUUGUGUUGAAUCAUCAUGCCAGUGUCAGUGAGUUAAAGCGCAUCUUUAUGGAGGACAUGCCUGUGUUUGGUCCCACUGAGUGGGACAGGCGUCUCUCUACAUACACUCCUGUCAUUUACCCCAAAUUAUCCAUCGGCGAGCUGUUUAAUGGCAUAGACAUAAUGGGAGCAGAAGGAUUAUCAGCCAUGUGAUAUCGCUCCACCCUGUUAUCCUUGCGAAUCCUUUGUCUUAUCAACAGAUCAGGACACCGAACCUCUUUCCUUUACUGCACCAUUUUGUCAUUGAUACAUUGCUGUUGUUAUUUGGUAAUAUAACCUGUAUACAAGAUUUUUUUUUAUGUGCAUUAAAUACUAUAGGACUUUUAUAUUGUACAACUAAGCAUUACAGUGGUUUGUUGCCUGAAUGCAGAUGUCUAAUGUCUGGUAACAGAUGUGAGCUUAUCACUGUCAAUGUAGGAUUGUUUAUUAGCCAGAUUUUGAAAAGUGUGGAAACCCAACAAAGAAUGACAAUUGAAGCAAAAUAUGUGUUGGUAGUUUUGAGUAAUAUAUUAUUCAUUGGAGAAGAAAUAAAAUGAUCAGAAACAAACCCCAAAGACAGCGUCAUAAGGUUCUUAGACAUGUUGCUGAACUGCUUUUGCUGUGUAUAGGUGUGGUUACACACACAAAAAAAAGAAAAGAAAAAGAAAAAAAGACAUAAAACGAAAAUUGGAUUCACUUUAUAAAUGUACAAUUAUACCUUGUUUAUUAGUUUGACAGUCUGUAUAUGGAGAUAACUCAAAAUCUUGUCAUGACAAUAUUGUAUUUGGCACGAAGUCAUGAUGUUUUAUAUAUAAAUAUAUAUUUGUCUCAAACAUUAUUGCUGCUGUACUUCUCAGCUUUGAUAUAUACAGUAUGACCCAGGAUGUAAUAGGGAAGGUACUAAAAGUGUUCUUUCUCAGGGUUAAAACCUCUUUUAUACACUGUCUGACAUUCCUUCAAAGUCAGUCCUUUUGAACAAAUGUAUACACAGACACACAAAUGCAGUAGUCUGUUAUAUAUAAGUUUGUAAAGACAGUAUUGCAGGCAGGACAUGAUCUCUGACAAUCAGAUUGACGUCCAAAAUAAACGUGACAAAUAUUUUAUAAUCA